CGCGGCUGCCAUGGGCCGGGACCUGCUGCUGCUGCUGCUGCUGCUCGCGGCGCUGGAGAAUACUGAGGCGAGGCAGGAGAGGAGGACGUCCCACCUGUUGCCAUCCACGCAAGCAUUGUCGGUGGACUGGCCGGCUGCACCCCGACGCCCCCGCUCCCUUCAAACUGCCACACGUGAUACCCCCAAAGCCGAUGCUCAGACCACCCCCGUGGAACCAUAUCCUGACCAGGCCAAUGCAUCUGUCUUGGACGAAGCCUCUGCGGCCCACUCUCUACAGCAAGUUAAAUUCAAUCCCACAGUAGGCCAUAUAUUAAUUAAUGAGCAUAAAGAUUUCAAGUUUAACUGCUCGAUUAAGGGACCCCAUCUCUUAUUCAACCAAGACUCUGCUGUCAUUUCCUUGUGGAAAGAUGGGAAGGAGCUGCAGGAGCCUGGCCGCAUGUCCACUCGACAUUACCAGGUCACGGACGAUGUCGAAACAACAAUGGUCUCUGCCUUCAGCAUAACCAAUGCUCAGCGCUCUGAUAACGGGUCCUACAGCUGCAAACUGAAAAUCCACAAUGAGGAAAUUGAGUCAGACCCCAUCUUCGUCCAGAUGGAAGGGCUCCCCCACUUCCUUCGGCAGCCCCAGAGUCUGAACGUUACCAGGAACAGACCGUUCAACCUCACAUGCGAGGCGAUGGGGCCCCCGGAGCCUGUGCAGAUUUACUGGUUUCGGAACAGCAGCAGGGUGAAUGAGCAGCCGUACAUUUCCCCCUCUGUCCUGACUCUGCCAGGUCUUAGCGAAACUGCAAUAUUCAGCUGUGAAGCUCACAAUAGGAAAGGACUAACUGCCUCGAAUGAAGUGCAGAUCAAUAUAAAAAGAGCUGCAGCCGCCCCAGCCGACGUGCGUGUCCUGAAUAGAACAGCGCACGGCUUCGUGGUGUCCUGGGUGCCGGGCUUCGACGGCUAUUCGCCUCUGCACAGCUGCUGCCUCCAGGUCAGGGAAGCUCCUCCACUGAACAACGGCUCAUUUCUGAUCUGGAACACCUCUGUGCCACCUCAUCGGUAUCACGUCCAGCAGCUGCAGCCCCUGGCAGAGUAUAGCAUCCGUGUUUCCUGCAGGAACGAAGUCGGCUGGUCUCCAUUCAGCCCCUGGACUCUGGCCAGCACAACCGAGGGAGCCCCAUCUACUCCCCCUCUGAAUGUCACAGUGUUCUUCAACGAGUCCAGCUCCUCCCUGGAAGUCAGGUGGGCAAAGCCUCACCUUGGACGAAAGCACGGAGAACUGCAGGGCUACAGGCUACUGCACACAUGGCAGAACUCCAAGAUAACGCAGAAUCGUUCUUCCGAAGCCCAGCAGAACGCCACUGUCGCCACCGUCGCGAUCGUAGUCACUAACGCCACGUACGCUGUGCGCGUCGCCGCCGUCACCAAGGGGGGGAUCGGGCCCUUCAGUGACCCAGUGGUAGUUUUCAUUCCAGGGGACGGUUUCAUAGCCUCCGCGCCUUCCUCGACUCCAGCGCCGGGAAACAACCACUCCUUUGCCAUAGUCCUCGGCUUUAUCCUGGGGAUCGUCGCCAUUGGGUUAAUCGUGUAUUUCUCGGUGAUUGUCAGGAAAAGACGGAUGGAAACCAAGUUUGGGAAUGCUUUCCACAGCGACGAUUCAGAGCAUGUCGUCAGCUACACGGCAAAGAAGUCCUACAGCCGGAGAGCCGUCGAACUGACGCUGGCCAGCCUGGGUGUCAGUGAGGAGCUGCAGCAGAAACUCCAGGACGUCGUGAUUGACAGGGAUUCCCUCGCCCUGGGGAAGAUUCUGGGAGAGGGAGAGUUCGGGUCGGUGAUGGAAGGGCACCUCAGCCAGCCCAACGGCACCGUGCAGAAAGUCGCCGUGAAAACCAUGAAGCUGGAGGACUUUUCCCAGCGAGAGAUCGAAGAGUUUCUCAGCGAAGCAGCCUGCAUGAAGGACUUUGAUCACCCAAACGUCAUCAGACUCCUAGGUGUGUGCAUAGAACUGAGCUCCCGGCAGGUCCCGAAGCCCAUGGUGGUUCUCCCGUUCAUGAAAUACGGCGACCUGCACAGCUUCCUACUGCGCUCACGGUUUGAAACAGGCACCCAGCACGUACCACUGCAGACCUUGCUGAAGUUCAUGGUCGAUAUUGCGCUCGGAAUGGAGUACCUCAGCACUCGGCAAUUUCUGCAUCGAGAUUUAGCUGCUCGAAACUGCAUGUUACGGGACGACAUGACUGUGUGUGUGGCGGACUUUGGCUUGUCGAAGAAGAUCUACAGCAGCGAUUAUUACCGUCAGGGGCGCAUUGCUAAAAUGCCUGUCAAGUGGAUUGCAAUCGAGAGCCUGGCUGAUCGGGUGUACACGACCAAGAGCGACGUGUGGGCGUUCGGGGUUACCAUGUGGGAGAUAGCCACUCGAGGGAUGACUCCGUACCCAGGAGUGCAGAACCAUGAAAUCUAUGACUACCUCCUUCACGGUCACAGGCUGAAACAGCCAGAGGACUGCUUGGAUGAGCUGUACGAAGUGAUGUACUCCUGCUGGAGAGCAGACCCCCAUGAGCGACCUGCAUUCCCAGAGCUAAAACUCCACCUGGAGAAGCUGUUGGAAAGUUUGCCCGAAGCGAGUGGGUCUGAAGACGUCAUUUACAUCAACACAAGCUUGCCAGAGGAGAGCGAGGAGCUCACGGGAGAGUCUGAAUUCCCUCAGACAGACAUGGCUUUCAAUCGCAGUUACGUAACUGUGUCCCCUUCCCCCAAGCCAGACACCACGGUUGUCACCGCAGAGGUUCAUGAAAGCGAUCAGCGGGAGGAAAGGUAUAUUUUAAAGGGGGAGACGGACGAACAGACUGCAAGCUCCCUGACUCUGGAACAGGGGCGUGUGCCUCUUCUGCAGGGCACCGUCACCCGGAACGGGGCCGCGUGGGGUCCAGCCAGCAUGCUGCUGGGCAGCUCGUUAGCAGAUGAACUGCUGUAUGCAGAUGACUCUUCUGAGAACUCCGAAGUCCUGCUGUGAAACGAGAACUGGAAAACCGAGCUCUUGUGGGGCCAGGCGUUUGCAGCGAAUGUUUCACUUGGCGUAUUUGUGUCUUACGGAAAUAGCAUUAUAAGGUGACUGGGCCAUUCCAGCCGUCGAGCGAGUGGCCAAGGCAACACAAGCUAUCUGAAUUUGUACAAAGUGAUGUCUCUAGCCAUCGACACGAGAGAGUUGGCGGGAUUAUGUUUUAAUAAAUCACAACCUGUGGGGGACUGUUUUAUUUCUUCUUC